AUGCCAACAAACUAUUUCUCAAGAUUUCGUGGGGCAAUCUGGCGAGGUGUCUGGACAUCUUUAUCUGCUCAAGAAACCGGGAGUCAAAGUCAGGUCGAUAUUCUGAUUGGCCAAGGGAAGUUAUUUUUAGGCCAGUCUAGGCUGUCACAUUCUUUAGCAUCUGGAACCUUUACUGACCUGCAUGCGUUAGUUUGGCCUGGAACUUUUGCUGUUGCUCAAGAAAAUCUGUAUUUGACCAACCAAAAAAAGAACCUUUCAGUUGUUGAAGCAUUUUCACGUGUACUUUCUAUACCAUCCGUGUCAGGGCCGUCGUUUCAAGCGUGCAAGUAUCAUAUUGAUCGUUUGAUAUCAGACCCUUUUCAGAUUUUGCAAAUAAAAGAUCAAAAGGCGCCAAUGGCUGUCUGUGGAUCCACACCAGCUUUUUUUGACUGUGCUAUCAGUAAUUUGAAACCUACUGUGGGUGCAUGUCGUCCUUUCGGUUCUUGCAACAGAAUUGGCUUUGUGAACUGUAGAAAAUUUAUUAUGGGUUUGAGGAAUAAUGAGCAGCCCAAUAAAUUUUUGCUCUACGGAUACUUCAUAUAUACUAAUUUGAUUAAGGGAAAAGGCAAUGGUGAUCCAUUGCUGGGAUUUGGGUUUGACGGUUUUCAUGUAUCAUCACCUGCUUAUUCUUCUGCUUGCAUUGCACCUGAUGCGUCCUGUGAGAGUGUUGUGAAGGAGAAUCACCAUUCAAGUUCUGCAGAUUCUUCUGAGCCGAAGACACCAAAGGACCGAACUUUAAAAUUGAAUUCUGGAUCAUGUUAUCUUCCGCAUCCCGACAAAGAAGACACUGGUGGGGAGGAUGCACAUUUCAUCUGUGCGGACGAACAAGCCAUUGGCGUGGCUGAUGGUGUGGGUGGAUGGGCUGAUGUGGGUGUUGAUGCGGGUAAAUAUGCACGUGAACUAAUGUCCAACUCAGUUUGUGCGGUUCAAGAAGAGCCAAGGGGUUCUGUUGACCCAGCCCGAGUUCUAGAGAAAGCCUACACCCGAACACAAGCCAAAGGGUCAUCCACCGCUUGUAUUAUUGCCCUCACGGAGCAGGGUCUCCAUGCUGUUAAUUUAGGGGAUAGUGGGUUCAUGGUGGUUAGAGAUGGAUGCACAGUUUUCAGAUCCCCUGCUCAGCAGCAUGACUUCAAUUUUACAUAUCAGUUGGAGUGUGGGAAUGCUGGGGAUUUGCCUAGCUCCGGACAGGUGUUCACAAUACCUGUUGCCCCGGGAGACAUCAUAAUAGCUGGGACCGAUGGGCUUUUUGACAAUUUGUACAACAACGACAUCACGGCUGUUGUGGUUCAAGCCUCAAGAGCCGGUUUGGGCCCACAAGUGACGGCCCAGAAGAUAGCUGCACUAGCAAGACAACGUGCGCAGGACAAGAACAGGCAGACUCCUUUCUCCACGGCAGCCCAGGAAGCUGGUUUCCGUUAUUAUGGUGGCAAACUUGAUGACAUAACUGUUGUCGUUUCUUACAUUGCAGCCGAUUACAAC